AUGCCGGUGGGCGUGACCGGCCUGGCGGUGGCUUUGCUCGAACAGGCCGCUAUUGAUGGCGGUUCCCUAUACCCGAGGGAACGCUCUCUGCGCCUGAAGGAGAACCGCCUGCUCCAGUGGGCGGUGAUGCACCCGGAGGACAUCGCCAGGAGCAACUUUGGGCAGGGCGCCCACGCCCACUUUUUCACGAACAUGGGCAAGGUACGUACUGUAUGAGGAACAAACGUGAAGGGGGGAGGGGGCCACUCGCAUCAUGGUAUGGAAUUUUGGUUUGCAUAAUAUAAUGAGACCACUCCCGUGUGCCGCACAAUUUGACACAGAUGCAUGCAUAUGCAUACCAAACUCAAUUACUUACCAAAUCAUAUUCCUCGCGUUAAAUGCAUACCAAACUGGAAAUACACGUGUAAAAUGGAUGGAGAUCCACAACCAACAGGGUGCCACACAUAAAACACCCGACUAACUAACAGCCCAACACUUUUCGUCUACACCUUCCCAACAUAACAUAUAUAAGACACACAACACAGCUACCAAACUGUCUUGUUGAGCCUGUUAUCCGCAGGGGAGAUGUCCAUAUAUGCUGUCUGGGAAAUCGUGGACACACAACAGGUAGUUUUCUUUGACGCUAUGAUUCCAUUGCUAAUCUGUCUUUGACUCUUUUCUCUGACGGAGAUGGACUCGUUGUGUUGUAU